AGCUUCCAACAACUCCCUCUUUAAUAGCCUAGCCAUUAGAGCAAGAAGUUGAGAAGGAGAGAACAAGGAGAGAGGAGGAGAAGGAGAGAAGGAACCCUCUCAUUUGCCGAAGGAGAGAUAACAUGCUUCGCAAGAGUUGCACCCAACCUUCCAAGGAGAGAACUCGAGUAUUGGAUUAUCAUGAACACAAGGUUCCAUCCUCAGAGAAUCUUCAAACUGAGAACUCCAAGGUAUUCAUUGGCCCGGACUUGCACUCCGACAUUGGUGGUGGAAGAAGGAUAGAUUGCGCGAAUCCUGAGGGCUCCCGGAGGAAGAUCUCGAAGGAAGUUAGCUCUGAGGGACUGUCGGCCGAGGAGUACGGGAGAGAGAGACUGAAGAGGCACAGGAUGGAGAUGGCAGGCCGGGUUUGGAUACCGGAGAUCUGGGGGCAGGAGAGCUUGCUGAAGGAUUGGAUAGAUUGUGAAGCCUUUGAUAGAUUUCUUGUCCCCAAGGGAUUGAUGUUGGCUCGAGAGGCUUUGAUGGAGGACUGCCGACGAGCGAACUCCGGCCCGCUGGGGAUAGAGAACCGAUGUUGAAGUUUCAGUCCUUAAGGUUAUUCUAUGAGACUGUCUUUGUUAUAUUUAUAUAAAAUAAAAACAAGACUAUAAGGAUAGAUUACUUGCAUGGCUCCCCUCUUGUUCUGAUAAAAUAGCAUGUGGUUGUUCUACCCAUCAGGGUUCAUGCAUGGGUGAACUGCAAAUUCUCUAC